ACCGAUUCGCUAGAGAAUUGAAAUGUCUGUCAAGGACGGACCUAUCGUCAAGAUGGAUGUAGACUGUCCAUCGAGUCUCAAAAGAUCCAACAGUGCGCCGAUGAUCAACGAUAUGAAUGCUUCCAUAGUUGGGUCACCAUGCACUGCUCUGUCUAGAGAAAAUACGUGUAACAUAUUUUUACGAAAUGUACAAGUACAACCACGCUUUCGUAGAUUUAGCACAAGUGGAAGCCCUCAUAAUGUAAUGCCAAACACUUCGCCAAAAUUAGUUCAUAGAGUUAAUCAGCUGCGACAGGAAGAAACAGUUGAUUUGAUUAAUAGAGAAGUGGCCCAUGAAAGAGAAAUACACUCUGCAAUGCAAAUAUCACAAUCAUGGGAAGAUUUAUCUAUCAUGAUGGAUUCACCAACAAAGCCGGAUGAAGGACAGUUUGGUAAACAACCUGGUGGAAUACAUGUUAGACCUAAUGUAUAUGAUCCACUGCAUUUAAAUUUUUCAAUGACUUCUGCUCCGUCAUCACCAUCACCAACCAGAUCAUUGAGACAUUGUGUAUCACCAUCACUUUUUAAACCUAAUUUAUCGCCUAGUCCUACUCGUAAAACCUUUACAUCCGGACGAAGCUUGAGUCCAAUUUCAAUGCGUCCUAGUACUUUAGGACCUGUUAAAAGGAAAUGUGACAUGGAUGACUAUGAACCAAUUUCAAAGAAAUGGGGAUUGCUGAUUACCAAUAAUAGGUAUGUUAUAUAA